CAACUUUGUAACUAGAAAUAUAGCUAAUUCGGAACGCACCCUGGUUGUCAUUGAUCGUGCAUGCGAAUAAGCGCAAUUAAAGUAUCUAUUUGUAACUUUGCAACGUGGUUGAUUAUUUUAUAGAGAAAUUUUUUACUUUAAGACAGUUGUGUGCAACGUGAGUUGAUAGCUUCGUGGAGAAGACUUUCGAAGCGCUUAUCGAUGAUGUGACUCAACGUCUCUAUGGAGAAUGUUUGAUAUUGCCUAUUCACUAUCGAAAACUCCUUUUCUCUUUUCGUUCGAGUAUUUGGAAUAUUUAAAAUGUCGCCGACGUGUCUGCAGCGUGAUUAAUCCGCCUAAACGAAUCGAAUUGAAGCAGAAAUAUCUGUUGAUAUAAAGUGCACGAUACUUACGUAAAAAUACGCAAGAGAUUUUUACUUACAAUUGUCAUCGUUGCCAAGAAAAUGGAUUUCGGUACUCUAAUCUCUGUUGCACGGAAGAACGAGACAAAGAAGCAGACCGCUCCAUGUUACGAGACAAAAUUUACGCCACCAAAGAAACAAUCUAAACAAUCUAAAACUCUUUCUGAAAAUAUUAAGAAGUUUCUAGCUCGAAAGGAAGAAGAAGAGAAACGGAAAGCUUUGGAAGAAAGAAGGAAAAAGGAAAAUCUUUUAUCCUUACGAGAUCAGAAGACUCAGAAUCGAAUAAACAAACACUUGAAAGUGUGUAAAGCAGCAAAUAAGUCAGUGAUUGAGGAUGCUGUUGACAAUGAAAAUACAGCAAUUACCGUCGCAGGUCCAUCUCAACCUGAUGAAGACGAUUAUGGAUAUGAAUCCCAAGAAGCUUCUGCAUUGUACAAUCAGUUUAUGAGUAAAUAUAGCAGUUUACCUCUAGAAAAGCCCAUUUUUAAUACCACUGAAGCAAGAACGGUGAAGGAUAUCGCAUCUACAAAGGAUAGAGUAAAACAAGCUUUGAAACAACAAGAGCUUGAAGAGAGUAGCGGACAUAGGAAAAAAAGGAAAUCAUCAGUCUUGAAUGUUAAAAUAACCGAAUUCGAUGAAAAAGCAGAGACGGACGACAAAGAUGUUAAAGAUAAAGUCAAAGAAGACAAGGAUGAAAAACCCAAAGUAAAAAGAAAGUCACUACCACCACCUAUGGAUUUUGCAGAACUUUUGAAACUCGCCGCAGUAAAGCAACAUGAACCCGUAGUUAUAGAGAUUAAACCAAAGGUCGAAAAUGAGCGACCGAUGACAAAACGCCAAAAAAUGGAAUAUAUACAGGAAAAAGAAAGAAAGGUGCAACGUGAGAAGAAAGAUUUAGAGGUCAAGAAAAAAACAAGCGCAUCCAGCAAACAAGAUAAAACACAAUUGAACAAGAUUCCAAAGGCUAGUGAAAAGUCUGUAAUCUCAAAUUCAACGUCAAAUAAAAGUGUUUCCAAAGUUGCAACAACUAUUUCUAAACAAGUUACUGAUAAGUCCGAUAAUAAAUAUAAUAUUGAAAAAUCAAAAUCAAACAAGAGCUCACCUAAGAAUGAAUUAUUAGAAGAACGGAAGAAAUUAGAAUCUGAGAGAAAACAACUAGAAGAAAUGCGACGCGCUAUUGAGGAAGAAAAAAAGAAAUUAGCGCAAAGUAAAAGUAAACUAGAAAAUAUGAAAUCUCAGCCUUCUAAUAAAUUAAAUUUGACUAAACCUAAAACUAUAAAUAAGCAAAUAUCAUCCAGUGAUAUUAAGCCGCGACCAUUUCCACCUUCGGAUUUAAAAUUACAACCCUCAUUAGCUAAUACUAACUUAGCUAAUCCAAAAGUAUUUCCCCCACCCGAUGUUAGGCCUUUGAAAUCAAAAACUGUCAAAAAAGCAUCCAAUAAAAGACGCAUCUACGAUGAUGACGAUUUAGAUUUGGCUGACUUCAUCGAUGAUGGAUCAGAAAAUAAUGACGAAGAUUACAGUAAAUAUAUUAGUGAAAUAUUUAACUAUGAUAAAAGUAAAUAUAAAAAUAUUGAUGAUGACGAUGAUACUGCUAUGGAAAGUAAUUUUGCACAACAACUGAAGGAAGAAUAUAUAUCUUCAAAAAUGGGAUACCUGGAAGAUAUAGAAGAUAUGCGUAAAGAGGCGUUAGAAAAAAAGAGAAAAGCAAUUUUAAAGAAGAGGACCAAGAAAUAAUAUAAUUUACUUCAACUUUGUACAUAUUUACAUGUAUCCUAUUUUUCAGGAUAAUUAUU